AUGCCCGUUUUCCAGGAGUCAUCAACGGCAGCCAGAGAUUCCAGAAUUCUUCCAUCUCGUGCACUACCUCUUCCUCGUCUCAGUCCAAAGCCGGCUCAGUCUUCAGAGUCACAAGAGCAGCGUGAAGUUGUUGUCAUUGGGGCUGGACCAAGUGGUCUUUUCCUGACCCUCCUACUUGCUCGAUACGGAAUCACCGAGUCCUCCCUACUCUGUCUAGACUCCAAGCCGAGCACUCUCAAGGCGGGUCAGGCCGAUGGUCUCCAACCCCGUACUCUGGAAGUUCUGCAAAGCUUGGGCAUAGCGUCCGAGAUUCUCGAUGAAGGUUGUCACAUGGAAGAGGUUUCCUUCUGGAACCCUUCGAGCGACUCCAAAGGUAUCGAGCGUACAGCAUUUGCGCCUGACGUCAAUGUUCCUGCCCGUUUCCCCUUCGAGGUCACGAUCCAUCAAGGCCGAAUUGAGAGAAUCUUGCAGGAAAAUCUAAGUCUCUACGCUCCAACAGAAGUUUUGAGGAGGUCACAUCGAUUCGUCGACUACGAAAUCGACACGGAUGAGCACGCUGAGUAUCCGGUCCUUGUCAACUAUGAGUGCGAUCUAGAGGAUGGAACCACAGAGCAAGGCUCGCUACGCACCAAAUACUUGGUGGGUGCAGAUGGUGCCCACUCCAAAGUGAGGAAAUGUAUGGGCUUGGAGCUCCAAGGCGAGACGUCUGAUCACAUCUGGGGAGUGUGCGAUUUCAUCGCGGACACCGAUUUUCCCGACAUCAGAAAACGUAGCGCAGUCCACUCCCCAGUCGGCUCUGUGAUGAUCAUCCCCAGGGAGCGGAUCGCUACCGGCGAGUAUCUCACACGUCUAUACGUUCAGGUUCCAGGAGAGGUUCAUCCGGAAACGGACCAUACUGUGGCAGUCAAGCCGGAAGAUAAGACUGCAAGUAAGAAGAGGCGUGGGGCCGUCACUCUGGAUUAUAUUCUCGAACAAGCAAGUGCUGUUUUCUCACCCUACAAGAUUGCCGUCAGGGAGGGCACCGUUCCGGACUGGUGGGCUGCAUAUCAGAUUGGUCAAAGAAUGACGUCCAAGUUCUCCUCAAAGACCCCUGAUGGGGUAGAGAGAAUCUUCAUUGUGGGAGAUGCCUGUCAUACGCAUAGCCCCAAAGCAGGCCAAGGCAUGAAUGUCUCAAUGAUGGACUCCUACAAUCUCGCCUGGAAACUCGCACACAGCAUCAACGGACUGACUCCGCUCCAACCCAAAGGUACUGCGGAUCCUGUCCUCGAAACGUUCGAUUUCGAACGUACGGAUAUAGCUCGCCAGUUGAUCGAUUUCGACACCAAAUUCUCACACAUGUUCUCCGGCAAGAUUGCCACCGGAGACGACUCAACMCUAACUCACGACCAAUUCCUACAAGUCUUCAGCGAAGGAAGUGGAUUUACCAGUGGUUGCGGUUACGAAUACCAAUCAAGCAGGAUAGUACAGCCAUCAUCGGACGAAUCGAACUCUGCAUUCAAAGCCGAGGGCAAUGCACAAGACGGAUGCUUAACCCCAGGAAGACGAAUCUUGAACGUGGAACUCAAACGCUACGCUGAUGGCAGUACUCGACAACUCCAUGACGAAAUGCCCUCUACAGGACGCUAUCGCCUGAUGGUCAUGGCCAGUGACGAUCUCCUCGAUUCGAACGGUGCAUCCCAAGCAACUCUUCGUAACUGUGAGACCUUGCUGCACAAGUUUCCUGCAGAUACCAUAGACCUCAUCGUUCUACAUCCUUUGGAGAAACGUUUCGAAUGGAGUGAUCUCCCAAUUUCCUUGAAGAAGACUGCGGAGAUGAGAAUCUAUGGCUUGUCCAAGAAAGAGGAUGCCUUUGAAAUUCUGGGAGUACCCAAGCGUAGAGGUAGUCUCGUCGUCAUCAGGCCAGAUGGAUACGUGGGUAUGCUUGCUCGACUUGAUGCUUGCGGUUCGGUGGAAAGUUACUUUGAGAGUUGUCUUGUAAAAAUAGCCUAG